AUGGAAUUGCCUGUAAUUGUGCACGAACUAAGGACUCUAUAUGAAGAAUAUAAGAAACGAUUGACAGACAAAGAACCAGCAACAGUAGUUUAUUGCAAUGGUUUUUGUUCGAUAUUACAAAAGUUUCUAGACAAACAUAAUGGCAGCUAUGAAGAAUAUGUUUUCUCACUGUGCAUCUUCUUAUGCCAUUAUGCUGCCAGUUAUGGAGAAUUGGCAAUUGAUAAUGCUAAAGAGAAGAUCUGUCAGCAGCUUUUCAGGUUGUGUAUCAAAGCUGUAUUGGAUGUUAAAUGGAAAGAACUAUCAGAGGAUAACACAUGUCGACAGAAAUUUCGAGAGACAGUUGAUGCUGUUCAUACUCAAUUGGAAAGAUUUGAUUUCUACCAGUUUCAGCUCAUCAAAACCCUGAUGGAGACUCAUUGGGAUCACCCAACACUUAGUAGAAUCAUGGCUGGAGCUGAUGAUCUUGAAGAACAAGAAGGUAACAUUAUUCUUAUUCACUAA